GCUUCCAUCAAAAGAAACAAGAACCACCAACCACCAAAGCGACGGAUCCAGCGACACGGCGGCCGUGGGAAAACUUACGAAGCAGAGCAGUCACGUGGCGGACAACUCAUCGCCCUCCACCUUUUCGUCUCCUUCCUCCUUUCUGUUUACUUUAAACUUUUGCAUUGAAUUGUUUGAUCGACCACCACCGCCAUGGCCGCUCUUCAAUUCCUUGCUCUGUCAACCGUAAAGGAACGCCAGCCUCUCAUCCACCUGCUCUUCCCCUUUCGUACAGGCACUAACUCCCAGCACCUGACUGCACGCCUGACCCCCAUCAUUAAAUAACCAACCGACGCCAUCGUCUUCAUCCGCCUCCUCCCCCGCGCUUGAACUCUGUGUAUUGAUAUACACGCAUCAUCACGCGCUGAUAUCGUACUGGCUCGAAUUGGAGAAGACAGCUGAUUGAGCAGUUGCAUGUUUUAUCCUGGCAAAUUUGAACGCCUUCACCUAAAUGUACCUGGAGGUGAAUUUCUAAUUUUAAACGUUGGAUCCACACAGUGAGCUCCAAUCACCUUGCCAGCGAAGUAGCAGUGGUGAGCUUUUUUUUACUCUUUUGUGUGCCGAGUGAGCACGUUCAUGGUGGUGGUGGGAUGACUGUGGCAAUGGGUGACUUCACUUGUGGCCCCGUGGGAGACACCUCUGUCGCGCUUCGUUAAGCGAGUCCACUGGCCUGCAGAGCUAAAAGCCAAACGCCACCUUCUCUCUCUGUCCUCUGUUUCUCUGGGUUGAUAAAAGAUUGGAAGUUGGUUGGGUGAGGGCAGGGUGGGAUAACAGGGUGCUCUGCGCUGCUGCCGUGUAGAUGUGCUGCGAUGGGGAAGAAGGGCAGUGGCUCGUGGUUGACGGCGGUGAAGCGGGCAUUUAGGUCUCCGUCGAAGGAGGAGAAGAAGGCCGCGAGGCAGAGAGAGGAGCUGGCGGAGCAGGAGGAAGAAGAAAAGCACAAGAGGGAGAAGCGUAGAUGGCUGUUCCGGAAGCCGUCGCCGUCGGCGGCGUCGUCGACGACGGCGAUGAACGAGCAGCAGCCAGCGAGGACGGCGGUGGGUGGGGCGGCGGGGACGGCGGAGCAGAGGCACGCCAUUGCUCUGGCGGUGGCCUCGGCGGCGACGGCGGAGGCGGCAGUGGCCACGGCGCAGGCGGCGGCAGAGGUGGUGCGGCUCACCCGACCGUCGGCUGCUAGUUUCGUCAAGGAGCGCUACGCCGCCGCCGUCGUCAUCCAGACUGCCUUUCGAGGAUACUUGGCGAGGAGGGCGCUCCGGGCGUUGAAGGGGCUAGUGAAGUUGCAGGCGUUGGUGAGGGGGCACAAUGUCCGGAAGCAGGCGAACAUGACGCUGCGAUGCAUGCAAGCCCUAGUUAGGGUUCAAGCGAGGGUUCGAGACCAGCGGAUGCGGCUUGCCCAUGAGUCGGCGGCGGCCGUCGUCUCCCGAGGCAGCAACAAGUCCUCCUUCAGCUGCGACACCUCUGUGUGGGACUCCAAAUACCUUCAGGAUCUCGCCGAGAGGCGAUCCAUGUCGAGGGAAGGGAGCAGCUUCGCCGACGACUGGGACGACCGGCCGAGAACCAUCGAGGAGAUCCAGGCGAUGCUGCAGCUCCGAAAGGAGGCGGCGCUGAAGCGUGAGCGGGCGCUCUCCUACGCCUUCUCUCAUCAACUGUGGAGACCGGAUCGGAACCCCGACGAGGUGGAGGCGGACGGCGAGGCGGCGUCGGCGGGGGAGGAGCGGGGGCCAACGCGGUGGAAGGACCGAUGGAUUGCUUCGAGGUCUUCCUUUGAUAACAGAGCCAGCAGCAGAGCGGCGGCGCGAGCUUCCACCGACAACCGAGAUCCCAUCAAGACGCUGGAGAUCGACACCUCUCGUCCCUUCGCGCACUCUACUCCGGCUAAUCCCCGCCGCCAGUCGCCGCUGGUGCCGCAGCACCCUUGCUCGCCCCUCCACCGCGCGCACCACCACUCGCCGAUCACGCCCUCGCCGUCCAAGACGCGGCCUUUGCAGGUCCGCUCCGCCAGCCCUCGUUGCGGCAGGGAGAACCGGAGCUUAUACGGUACCGUAGAGACGCCGGGCCACCACCACCACCACUACCAGGGCGGCGGGCCUCGGCAGCAACACCACCCGGCAGCGGCCGCAGCGGUGCCGAACUACAUGACGGCGACCGAGUCAGCCAAGGCGCGGGUGCGGUCGCAGAGCGCGCCGCGACAGCGGCCCGCAACGCCGGAGCGCGACCGGGGAGGCUGCGCCGGGUCGGCCGCCAAGAAGCGACUCUCCUUCCCGGCGCCGGACCCGUACUCACAGAGCCUGCGUAGCCCGAGCUUCAAGAGCGCAGCGGGGCGGUUCGCCGGCGACUACCGCUCCAACGUGUCAUCCUCCUGCAACGACAGCGUCGGCGGCGAGGUGUCUCCAUCUUCCACGACGGACCUCCGUCGGUGGCUCCGGUGAGCCGCCGACCGCUGCGAUUUCUCCACUAUCUCUGCUUCAAAAUCGCUGCUUUCGGUUCUCUUCUCGUUGUUGCUGUAGUUGUAAUCACUAAUUAAUCGGAGUGGCGCCGCGCGGGGUGCUCCGGCAAUCUGCGAACUGGCAUUGAUGGGAAAUCAUGGGAUGUUGCGUUGCACCUCGGGCCGUGAGCUCCAGAUAAUAAUAUAUUAGAGGGAUCUGAGGGAGGAAGACGACCAUUGGAGAACUCCAUCAACUUGAUUUUUCAUUAAUUUUUUAACUGCUGAUCCUGAUCCUGUUGCCUUGAUGAAUAGUGUUUCGACUGGGUUUGAAAUAUUUUUAAUAUAUUA